GCUUGUCACAGCGACAGGGUUGAAAAUGCUAACACUUCGACCUUUAGUACUGGCUGUUUGCCUUCAGUUUUCUAUGUUAAAUGCAAAUUUUGGAAAGAAUAUUCAUAAUAUAUAUCAAGCUACUUUAGCUGAUGAUAGCGACCUUCAAGUUUUGGAUACGUUAUUGGAGAACUAUGACAGAAGAAUUACCCCUAAUCAUCAUCUCAAAAAACCUACAAAAGUUUUAUGUGAAAUGUAUAUCAGAAGUCUUGGAGCUGUUAGCCCAGCUACAAUGGAUUUUGAAGUGGAUUUGUAUCUUCGACAAACGUGGACCGAUAAUCGGAUGAGAAGCCCUAAUUUAACGAGGCCCUUAGAUUUAAAUGAUCCAAAUUUAGUUAAGAAAGUAUGGAGGCCUGAUGUAUAUUUUCCAAAUGCUAAAUAUGGAGAAUUUCAAUAUGUUACGGUACCAAAUGUAUUAGUUCGAAUCAAUCCAGAUGGGAAAAUCUUGUAUAUGUUAAGGUUGAUGCAAGAAUUAAUGCUCGAUGGAGAUUCACAUUCUGAAGGUGAAAAAGUUGAAGUUGAUAAACAAUGUCUUCAUGGGCCGACCGAUUUUGAAGUGGAUUUGUAUCUUCGACAAACGUGGACCGAUAAUCGGAUGAGAAGCCCUAAUUUAACGAGGCCCUUAGAUUUAAAUGAUCCAAAUUUAGUUAAGAAAGUAUGGAGGCCUGAUGUAUAUUUUCCAAAUGCUAAAUAUGGAGAAUUUCAAUAUGUUACGGUACCAAAUAUCUAUCUUCGACAAACGUGGACCGAUAAUCGGAUGAGAAGCCCUAAUUUAACGAGGCCCUUAGAUUUAAAUGAUCCAAAUUUAGUUAAGAAAGUAUGGAGGCCUGAUGUAUAUUUUCCAAAUGCUAAAUAUGGAGAAUUUCAAUAUGUUACGGUACCAAAUGUAUUAGUUCGAAUCAAUCCAGAUGGGAAAAUCUUAUAUCUGAUAGGUGAAUACAGUUGCCUUCGAGCAGAAUUUGAUCUGAAGCGUUCAAUUGGUCAUCACUUAGUACAAAGUUACUUGCCUACAAUACUUAUUGUAGUCAUCUCCUGGGUAUCAUUUUGGUUAGAUGUCGACGCAAUACCAGCAAGGAUAACUCUGGGAGUUACAACUUUACUUACAAUUUCAUCAGAAAGUAGCGAUCAGCAAGCUAAUCUCGCUCCUGUAUCGUAUGUUAAAGCUUUAGAUGUUUGGAUGGGGACGUGUACGAUGUUUGUGUUUGCUGCUCUCCUAGAAUUUACUUUUGUAAAUUAUUUAGCGAGGAAAAAGAUACCAGGACAGCAAACUACAACAACUGAUAAUAACGAUAAAAAAAAUGUAGUAGUGCUAAUGACUCCAAAAUCCAGUGAUGCUCAAGCAAGUAUCAAGGAUACAGAACUUCCUUUAUUAACAUCAUCAAUGUUCACACCAAGAGCUAAAGCUAAGAAAAUUGAUCAGAUAAGUCGAGUUGCCUUCCCGAUAGGUUUUGUCGUCUUCAAUGCCCUGUACUGGCCAUAUUAUCUGACAUAAUAAUUGUUUUGACCAGUUUAUUACCUUAUAUCAUGUACCCAACUAAUUAAGAAGAGUUCUUCCGGGAAAAUUAUUACGAGCUUAACAAUUUAUUAUCAAUUUUACUCUAAGGAUCUAAUAACAAAAUUAAGAUAGAAAAAAAAAAAAACACU